AUGAGAGGUUUUCGAGGUUUUCGAAGUUCCCGAAAUUACAUUCAGUUGCAAGAAGACAAUGGGUUCAUUGACGCGCAAUUUAGAAGACCGGUGUACCCGGUUCCUUGGAAUUCCAUAAUCCUGGCUAUCGUAUUAUUUGUGAUGGGUUCAUUAGGGAUUAUUUUCGGUUCACUUAUUAUGACCGGGGUAAUUUCUAGCGAGGAUUGGCUUGACAGGGGAAAACCAUUUCUCUUUCUUGGAUCUUUGUUAUUCAUACCAGACUUGCGUACUACGCAUACAAAGGGUAUGAUGGAUAUGAUUUUAAUCAAAUUCCUGAUUGGUAAAAAAUUGCGUUGGACGCAAGAAACCUUUAUCGCUUUACCGGGAUUUGUUUGA